AUGCCAAUAACCCAAACACAAACCCGUUCACCUCGACCGAAUCAUCCCAUCAAAUUGGCCGACCUUCAGCCAGUCACCCUCAACCAUCUUCACACCAUAACAAUCACCAUCUCAAACUCAACUUCCCAAAAUUUGAUGGAGAAGACCCAAGUGGAUGGAUCUACAAAGCUGAACAGUAUUUCGAUUUCAAUGAAGUCACUCCUGAUCAACAGGUCUUACUUGCUUCCUUUCAUCUUGAGGGAAUUGCUCUCCAAUGGCAUCGAUGCUUACCAAGAAGCUUUUGAGAAAUUAUCCCACCGAGUAAAUGGUUUGCCGAAAUCCUUUCUUGUUGGAUGCUUCAUAGCCGGAUUAUGUGACAAGAUAAGGCUCGACAUAAAAAUCAAACAGCCUCGAACACUCUCAGAUGCCAUCGCCGAACCAGCCCAAACAACAAUCACAAUCCCUUCAAAAGAAUCACAAGCCAAGAAGCCAGAGAACGUAUGGAAAAGGGGCUAUGCUAUUAUUGUGAUGGAAAAAUUCCUUCCUGGACAUCGAUGUCAACGACCUCAGCUAUUCAUGAUGGAAGACAUGAUAGACACCGAAGAGGACUUGCAAGAUGUCGAGCAGCAACCAUUAGUUACAGGGAAUCUGCCUAAAAUUGCUUUCCACGCCAUCGCUGGAACGGAACAUCCCCAAACCAUAAGACUCCAAGGCAAGUUAAAGGGCAGAGAGAUCACGAUCUUGAUCGAUGGGGAGAGUACACAUAACUUUGUGGAUCAAAUCAUUGGGAAAUGUCUGGCCAUACCUUUAGACAUUCAAGGAUAUCAAGUUAAGGCUGAUUUUUACAUUUUACCAGUAGUUGCCUGUCAGUUAGUUUUGGGAGUUCAAUGGCUUGCAACUCUGGGAACGGUAGAAACAAAUUACCAAAGCCUGACCAUGACAUUUCAAGAUCGUGGGACCAUUCACACUUUUCCAGGUAUAAAGCAUGCAGGAUUAGAGGCUCUCAGUGAGAAGAAAUGCCAUUAUAUCUGUGGUUCUAGCUUGCUCCUUCAAUUAAUAUCCCUUUCCCCAUCCAAAAACCAAGAGGGUCAUCCCCCAGUCCUUGAUAAUGUUCUUGAGGAGUUUAAGCAAGUGUUUGAAGCCCUAUCUCAACUACCACCAGCUCGUAUCCAUGAUCACCAAAUACCGCUUCAACCUCAUAGCGGCCCAGUCAAUGUUAGGUCCUACCAUUAUCCAUAUUACCAAAAGGCCGAGAUCGAGAAAAUGGUUCAAGAACUAUUACACUUGGGGCUGAUCCGUCCUAGCCGAAGCCCUUUUUCUUCUCCAGUAUUGUUGGUAAAAAAGGCCGAUGAAAGAUACCAUCAGAUACAGAUUCAUGAGAGUGACAUACCAAAGACCGCAUUCCGCACACAUGAAGGGUACUAUGGAUUUGUUGUCACGUCAUUCGGACUCACUAAUGCGCCUGCAACUUUCCAAAGUUUAAUGAAUGAUCUUUUCCAGCCCUACCUCCGUAAGUUUAUUUUGGUCUUCUUUGAUGAUGUACUGUUCGAAGUAAGACAAGUGGACUACUUGGGGCAUAUCAUAUCAAAAAAAGGAGUUGCAGUCGACCCUGCUAAAGUUCAAGCUGUUACCGAAUGGCCAGUUCCUACAAUCGCCAAAGGGUGCGUGGAUUUUUGGGUCUCACUGGCUCCCUUGACUCGUCUAUUAGCCAAAGACGGGUUCACUUGGAAUUUGGAAGUAGAAAAUGCUUUUAACAAAUUAAAAGAAGCUUUAUCAUCUCCUCCUAUUCUUCAACUUCCUGAUUUUUUCCAACAAUUUGGACAGCCUAUUGCCUUCUUCAGCGAGGCAUUGAAGGGGUCAGCAUUCACAUUAUCUACCUAUGAAAAAGAGAUGCUCACCAUUGUAAAAGCUAUUCACAAGUGGAGUCCAUACCUUCUAGGUCGACCUUUUGUUGUUAAAACUGAUCAAAAAAGCCUCAAAUUUUUAAUGGAACAGCGCAUACUACUCCUGCUCAAACACGUUGGUUAUCGAAGCUUCUUGGGUAUGACUACAUCAUUGAGUACAACUGGGGUCAAGAGAAUAAAGGGGCAGAUGCAUUGUCACGAGUGGGAGAAGUCAACUUCUUAG